GCAGAGGCAGAGGCGGAGGCGCUGUGAAAGACCUUGUUUGUUUUCUGGAUGCUGAGCCCCUUUGGGAUCCGGGGGUUUCUGUCGUCCCACGCACGUCAUCGCGAAGCUCCGUCUGAGGGUCCCGUUUCCUAGCCACGGUGCCCGUCCCUCCUGGAGGCAGAGUGACGGGCGAGUGGGCGGUCUGGCUGCUGGGUGCCCGCGUUCCGCCAAAGAACCAGAAGCUUGAGUGAAAAUGGUACAUGUUAGAAGACAUGGAACAAGGAACAAUUCUAAAACUCAAGUGCCUGAGCAGAAAUCUCGAGUUGAUUGGAGGCGGACUAAAAGAAAUAGUAUCUCACAAUUAUUUGAUAGUGAUGAAGAGCUUGAUAGUGAUGAAGAGCUUGAUAAUGAUGAAAGUGUUGAUAAUGAAAGUGUUGGUAGUAAUGAAGAGCUUGAUAGUAACAAGGGUCUUGAGAGUAAUAAAAUACCAGAAAAUGAAAGAGACCUUAAAUUAAUUAAAGUUGAAAGUGAAAGAAAUAACGGUAAGCAUCUCAUUAGCAUUGGCAACAGUUCAACAUAUGAAGAAGAAUUGAACAAAAACAAACAUAGCAGUAUUGACUUAACAGACCAUGAAAAGCAUCCAAGUCAAGAGGAGGAUGAUCUCAACAAACACACUGGACAAGUAAUAGAGGAGGAUUUAGAAGAAGAACACAUCAAGCGAGGGAAAAGAAAAAGGAUAUCCUCUGUGAUGUAUGACAGUGAUGAGAGUGAUGACAGUGAUAUACUAGUUAGAAAAGUAGGUGUUAAACAUCCGCGUAGAGUAGUUGAGGAUGAAUGUUCUUCAGUGGAAAUGGAGCAAGAAAACCCUGAAAAAACAUUAGCUGCACGAAAGCAAGAACAACUCCAGAAACUGAAAGAACUCUCAAAACAAAGAUCUCGUCAGAGAAGCAAUAGUGGUAGAGAUUUUGAGGAUUCUGAAAAGGAAUCCUGCCCAAGCAGUGAUGAAGAUGAUGAGGAAGAGGAGGAUGAGGAGAAUGAUUAUGGUUAUGAUGAAGAUGGAGGUGAUUAUAUUAUUGAUGAUUUUGUAGUGCAAGAUGAGGAGGGUGAUGAAGAGAAUAAAAACCAGCGAGAAGAAAAAUUGACUACAUCACAACUGAAAUUAGUAAAACAGAAUUCUCUUUAUUCUUUUAGUGACCACUGUACUCACUUUGAAAGAGUUGUGAAGGCUCUUCUGAUCAAUGCUUUAGAUGAAUCUUUUCUGAGAACAUUGUAUGAUGGCACCAGGCAGAAAUCAUAUGCACAAGACAUGUUGACAUCUCUUCAUUAUUUGGAUAACCGCUUUGUUCAGCCUCGUCUAGAGAAUUUAACUUCUAGAAGUCGUUGGAAAGAGCAAUACAAGGAGCGGGUAGAAAAUUAUUCUAAUUUAAGUAUCCAUUCAAAGGAUGCUAAAAACUGUUCCUGCCAGGCUUGUGGAUUGCAUCGCUGCUGUAGAUAUUCAGUUCAUUUAUCAGGAAAGUUGUAUAACACCAGGACUAUGGAAACAGAUGAUUUCAUGUCACAUGAUAAACAGGUGUUUACUGUUGGCAGAAUUUGUGCUGAUCGUACCAGAAUUUAUCAUAAACUGAAACAUUUUAAAUUCAAACUGUACCAGGAAUGUUGCUCCAUUGCAAAGACAGAAGAAAUUGAGGAUGAACAGGUUAAAGAAACAGUGGAAAGAAUUUUCAUUCAGUCAAAAGAAAGUGGCUGGAUUCGGGAGAAAUAUGAUCAACUUCAAGAAUAUCUCAAUUUUGCGGAUUACUUUCAAGAUGAGAAGUUUGACUGAAUUGUAACACAUUUCCUUCAGAGAAGAUUUUAUAAAUUCCUGUAAAUGUGAAGAUCAUGAGUCUUGUUUCUCUGUAUCAUGUGACAUAUUUAUAUAUUUUAUGUAUAUCUUCAUUGCAAAAUAUCUUGUUCAAAACCUAUGUUCAUCUUAAUUCCCAUCAAAUGGCACUCUACAGUCUAAUAAAACUUUUAUCUGAUGUACAUAGAAAACAUAAGCUUCAUAAUUUUUAAGUUAGUAAAUGUAUUUUAAGUGAUAUAGCACUACGUUUAUAACAGGUAAAUGAACUGUUCAUGUCCUGUCAAUUCAGUUGAAAUAUAUUCUGUUUUUAAAAUGUAUUUAGACUAACAUCUGUGUGUUUGUAUCGCUGAAUCCCCUGUUCAGGUGUGUUGAUUACCCUUUUGCAGUAUUAAAUGAUUUUCACUAAUAUGUAAAUCUGUGGGCCAUGGAAGAAACCUCAGUAUAUCAUUCAGUUCAGUCUUCUUGCCUAAGCAUGAGACCACGGCUUACCUAUUCCAAGUAGAGGAUUGUUUUUUUUUCCUUUUCUAAAUUUUCAUUUAUAAAUAGAUUUUAGACCUCCAGAGUCUUUCAUCCCUCAUAUUCAAGAAUAAUUUCAUGAUAUGCAUUUUUAUACUUUACAGUGUUCUUCCUUUGUUCUAUCCAAUUUGAUCUAGAUGUUAAUGAUUAAGAUGUAUUUUAUUUAUUUUUACUCAUAACUUUUCCUGUAGAAGUAUAUAUGUUAGGGUCAAAAGAUCUGAGAGAGACAAAUUCAGCCAAAACCCCCUUUUAAAAGCAUAUUUUGGUAUCUGCAUUGCUUUGCACAUCUGAAUUUUCCUAUAAUAUAAUAAAGUAAAACAGCUGCAGAGUGAA